GCUUUACCAGCAGCCAGGAUGUUCAUUUCUUCAAACGGGACAUUCCUGCACCACACAUCCUUCACAGGCUACUGCAGUCCUGUGCUGAUAUGGAUGAAGAAAGACCUCUACUCCACUCAAGUGAGGCACCUACGUUCAACAAAUUCAAACUGCUCCUGGCUGUUUUUGCGGCCGUAUUGGGGAAUUUCAAUUUUGGCUACUCCCUGGUCUACCCGUCUCCCGUCCUGCCAGUGCUCCAGGGUCCUGAUGCGGACCCCCGGCUAAGGAUGGACACCUCCCAGGCAGCCUGGUUCGGCUCAGUCUACAUGCUGGGAGUGGCCUUCGGCGGGUUCGGAGCUAUGCUGCUCAAUGACCUGAUUGGCAGAAAGCUGAGCAUUAUGGUGUCAGCCGUCCCUUCUGCUAUUGGUUACCUGUUGUUGGGAGGGGCUGUGGAAUUGUGGAUGCUCCACUUUGGCCGCUUCCUCACAGGUGUCGCCGGAGGGGUCACAGCGGCUUCCAUUCCUGUUUACAUUUCAGAGAUCUCGCACAAAUCAUUGAGAGGAGCUCUGGGAACCUGCCCUCAGGUUACUGCGGUGUUCGGAGCGCUGGCGCUAUACGCUUUAGGUCUGGUGUUACCGUGGCGAUGGCUUGCAGUGGUAGGAUGCAUCCCGGCAUUGCUGAUGGUAGUGCUGCUCGUCUUCAUGCCCUACUCCCCCAGAAGGCUCCUCUCCCUGGGCAGAGAGGAGCAGGCCGAGCGGGCCCUCCACUGGCUGAGAGGAGCCGACUAUGACAUACAGAGCGAGCUUGAUGCCAUCAAGCACAGCAUCAGUCUGCAGAAACGGGUCACAUGCUCCCAGCUGACCAAGCCCGUCUACUACCGGCCCAUCCUCAUCUCCGUCGUGAUGCGUUUCCUGCAGCAGCUGACUGGCAUCAGCCCCGUUCUUGUCUACUUGGAGCCCAUCUUUUCUCAGAGCAAUGUCUCACUGGAGCCCAGAUACGAUGCGGCAAUCGUCGGAUUGGUUCGCCUUGUUUCUGUCAGCUUGGCAGCCAUUUUGAUGGACAAGGCAGGGCGCAAAGCUCUGCUGUACACCUCCAGCUCUCUGAUGUUCUUAUCCAUGCUGACUCUGACCAUGAUUUCCCACGACACACCAAAACCACCGGGGCCCGCCCCUCCCAACUUCACUGCAAUGAUGGAGCGCAACCUCCACCAUGACGCCGCUCAGCUGGCGAGCAAUCAAACAGUUGUUCCACUUAUCAGCGUCGUCGUAUUUAUAUUUGGAUACGCCAUGGGAUGGGGCCCAAUCACGUGGCUGCUCAUGUCAGAGGUGUUGCCUCUGGCCGUCAGGGGCGUGGCCUCGGGUUUGUGCGUGGCUGCCAGCUGGUUGACGGCCUUCGCGCUCACAGACGCCUUCACUCACCUGGCAGACACUUACGGUCUAUACGUGCCGUACUGUUUUUUCACUGUGGUGUGCGUCCUGUGUCUGCUCUUCACCGCCUUGUGCGUCCCAGAGACCCGAGGAAGAUCUCUGGAAGAAAUCGAGAACUAUUUCAGGACACGCCGAUUUACUGAUCAUGAUCACCCCGAUGCACAGUCUACACAAACAGCUGAUGAGUGAAGAUUGGACAUUUUUGUGUGGCAUGUUCUCCCACUGUUCUUUAUGUGAUGAAUAAUAAAGCUUUGUUAGAUUUUUUUGCAUGAUAUGUUAUGCUGACAUUUUCGAGGGCCUUUGGAGAUGCGUAAAAAAAAUGAAAAUGGCCUCUGAUUACAGAAAAGAAGAGAAAGAAAGGAUCAAUAUUUGACUGUACUCUACUUGAAAAAAAAUGGAAUGCAAUGCUUUGUGGAUUACACGCAUACCGAAAGACAUUUGAAACAUUGUAAAUUAUUUGCAUAAUGACAUCCAGCAGGUUCGCCAAUCUCGAGAACAAAUAUGUUGGCACCUGUCGUUUUGAUUUACCGCAGACAGGUCACGUGGGGUCAGAUGGUCACAGGCUUGCGUGGCGGAUGCAUGUACAGUAUUCCUGUGUGUGUGUGUGUGUCUCUGUUUAAUGAAAUGAGUGACAUUUUGGCUGUUUUUGACUAAUUAAAAAAAAAAAAGUUCUCUUGUACAAAAGCUGAAAUGAUACUUGAUGAAAAUUAAUGACAGUGGAAAUGAAUAAAAACAAAAAAACAG